AUGCGCCCAUCAACUGGAGAGGUGGCGCGCUCGCGAGAACACAUUGUUGCUACUUUAGAACCUGAAUCCGGGAGGCUCCUCGCAGUGUGUUGUCAUGGCUGCCCCUGGAGGUUCGCUCCCUUCUGCGGUGUGUCCGUUCUUCCCCGGUUACCGGCCCUUCGACCCCGUGUCUGUGGGGUUGGACGCUGGUUUACGUCUGACCUCCUUUUCGGACCUGAAGGGAUGAGGCUGCAAAGUCCCGCGGGAGGCGCUGCUCAGGCUCCUGACUGGACUAAGAGGAGGGGGGGUGCGAUCCGUGAUCCGGAUGUGGCUUGUACCGGACAGGACGGGGGACAAAACAGGCUUGGUAUUGGGUUGGACUCCUGUGUGAUCCCACUCAGGCACCGAGGCCUUUCUCUGGUUCAAACAACUGAUUUCUUUUAUCCAUCAGCUGAAGAUCCCUACAUGCAGGUGAGCAGCAAGAUGGCUGCAGCACACGAGCAAGUACACCUCAGUCGGUCGGAGGUGUGUGGUAUGAUGAGGAAAGAACUUUUUAGUGAACAAGAGUUCCACCAGUCUCAGACGCACAUAUUCAUCGUGGUUGGAGCUUCGGGAGAUCUGGCCAAAAAGAAGAUCUACCCCACUCUAUGGUGGCUUUACAACGAUGGUUUGCUCCCGGAAGACACCUACAUCGUAGGCUUUGCACGUUCAAAGCUGACCGUGCAGGAUAUCAGAAAACAGAGCGAGUCGUACUUCAAGGCAUCAGCAGAGGAUGCUGAUAAACUAGACUCAUUUUUCAAGCGCAACUCUUAUAUUUCUGGACAAUAUUCGGGUGCAGCCUCCUUUCAAAACCUUAACCAGCACAUCAAUUCUUUACCCAAUGGGGCAAAAGCCAACCGCCUCUUCUACCUUGCGCUACCACCCAGUGUGUAUCAUGAUGUUACCCGCAACAUCAGGGAGACCUGCAUGAGCUCUGUGGGAUGGAACCGUGUUAUUGUGGAGAAACCUUUUGGCAAAGAUCUGGAAAGUUCCAAUCGUUUGUCAGAACACAUCUCCUCCUUAUACAAGGAAAACCAGAUCUAUCGUAUCGACCAUUACCUGGGCAAAGAGAUGGUACAGAACCUCAUGAUCUUAAGGUUUGGUAACAGGAUAUUCAGCCCCCUCUGGUCCAGGGAUCACAUAAGUGCUGUGAUUCUGACAUUUAAAGAGCCCUUCGGUACACAGGGGCGUGGAGGAUACUUUGAUGAAUUUGGUAUAAUCCGGGAUGUCAUGCAAAACCACUUGCUCCAAAUGAUGUGUUUGAUAGCUAUGGAGAAGCCAGUCUCAACCAACUCGGAUGAUGUUAGAGAUGAAAAGGUGAAAGUCUUGAAAUCAGUGGCUCCCCUCACACUAGAUAAUAUUGUAGUAGGGCAGUAUAUUGGGGAUCCUGAGGGACAAGGAGAUGCUCAACAAGGAUAUUUGGAUGACCGCACUGUUCCAAAAGGAUCUUUGACCCCCACAUUUGCCACUGCAGUCCUGUAUGUGCAGAAUGAGCGUUGGGAUGGUGUCCCCUUUAUCAUGCGCUGUGGCAAGGCCUUGAAUGAGAGGAAGGCAGAGGCACGACUGCAGUUUCGAGAUGUACCAGGAGAUAUAUUCCAAAGCCAAUGCAAAAGAAAUGAACUGGUGAUCCGAGUGCAGCCAAAUGAAGCCGUAUACACCAAAAUGAUGACCAAGAAGCCAGGAAUGUUCUUUAACCCUGAGGAGUCAGAGCUAGACUUAACAUAUGGCAACAGAUACCAGGAUGUGAAGUUGCCAGACGCAUAUGAGCGGCUUAUUUUGGAUGUGUUCUGUGGAAAUCAGAUGCACUUUGUACGCAGUGAUGAACUGAGGGAAGCUUGGAGGAUCUUCACCCCUAUUCUCCAUCAACUGGAGAGAGAAAAGAUCAAACCCCAUCCCUAUAAAUAUGGAAGCCGUGGGCCCCCAGAAAGUGAUGAGCUAAUGCAGAAGGUUGGCUUCCAUUAUGCAGGAACCUACAAAUGGGUGAACCCCAACAAGAUCUGACAGUUUACUUCUGACUCAUUCUCUUCUCCCCAUGGACGUCCUGUGUUGUAUCCCCUGAAACUCUACAGGUUUCCUGUCCAUACAAGUCGUGGCUUGGGAAAUCACCUUGUCUUGUUCUAUGUAGUUGUUGCCUGUAGAUGUCACUAUUGGUAAUUUUUUUCUUGCAGGUGUUGAAGCCAAUCUUAGUUGCUUCUCAUUCCUACUUGUUUGAAGAGAUCCAAAUGGACUCAUAUUGUACAGGGUGGCCAUACACAUGCAUAGCCAUAUUCAUUUUCCUCCUCAUUUCAGCUAAUAGCCUGAAUCAUAAGACUUACAGGAAGUGAUGAGGAGCAUGGUCUUCUCUCAUUUCCUGAUUUGCUGAUGUACCGUAUACUUACAAACAGGGUGCACUGGCAGAAAUAUUUACAGUUUGGAGUUGGACAUAUCGACACCAAUAAUAUUGGAUUACAGAAUCAUUUGUCAAGACUCCCCACUACAUGCUCAGGUAUGAUCAAAACUGGUCACACUGCCCGAUUAAGCCUGGCCAUGUAUAUCUAGCUUAAAGGGUAACCCACUAUUGUAGCAUAUUCUCUAAACUGUAAUGGGUACUUAAUUAUCCUUUUUAACAAAUAGGUUUUAUCAUUUGUUUUUGCGAUACAAAUGGUAUAGAAAUGGUUGUUUUUUCUUCUGCAAACUCUGCCAUGCUGCUUGUCAGUAGUAUUUUGCAAAUUGCUGGCUCAUGCUUGAAUCAGGAUUCAUCCAUUUCGACAAGGUGACAUUUGUCAGUGACUCUGUUAUGUUAUGUUGACAAAUAAAUUGUACUGUAUAGACAAAGACAAAAUAAUGAAAAUAGUCUGAGACAAAUUAAUUUUAUACCCACUAGAGUUUGAUUAUUUAUAAUAGUAACGGUUCCCUAUACCAUUACUCAUGUCUAAUUAAGGAACAUUUUGCACUGGCAAUAAAUGGCAUUAUCUGCAAGAGAGGGAACUUACAGAAUUGCACUUAACAGGAAAAAAGAAUGUGCAGUGUAUGUUUCAUUGGCAGGAAAUAUCUUUUCCCCAUUUCCUUCGUCUCAUUUGCUUUUUUUUUACUUGCUUUUGCUAAUCUACUGUAGAUGCCAAUGAUGCACUUUGGCAGAGGUUCAGUUAGCAGAUGCUUUCAUAUUGGGGGGUUUACACAUAUAUUGUAUAGGUAAUUAUAGAGGUGUUCCCAUUUUUUCUGCUUUAUUUUAAUAUUGCUGGAUUAGUAGUAAAUAAGUUUGUGGA